AGAGUCGUGACUGUUACCGACUUAUGUGCUCGUAAACUUCAAUGAAUAGACGCAGCGGUUAAAACUUGAGCGAUAAUUGAGUGGUUCAUACUGUAGUGUCGGCGGCGGUCGUGACUCGUGAUUCUAGAGUGCAAACAAAAUACUGACAAAGGAGCGCGGAAUCGAACCUCGUACCCGCGAGGACUGCUCGCUCCUCAGCUCUCCGAGUGAACGUUAUCGGCGAGCAAAUAACCUGACACGAGAUUAUAUCACUAUGAGAUUUAUCCAAUCGCGCAUCGACGUUGUUUGCUCCGUCGAGGCUUCUGGUGCCGAGAUAAUGUUCGCCCAGUGCCGAUCCGGCGCGGCGAGCGGGUAGCACGUAGCGCGGACUGCGACCCUUCCCCCGAGAGAGCCCUAGCAUGGACGCGGACGAGUGGGCGCCGCUGCCGAAGCCGAAGGCGCGCGGCGGGUGGCGGGCGCUGGCGAGGCGCCGCCUGCCCGUGCUGGGCUGGGCGCGCCGCUACGACCGCGAGAGCGCCGUCGCCGACGUCGUCGCCGGCGUCUCGCUCGGCCUCACCCUCGUGCCGCAGAGCAUCGCCUACGCCUCGCUCGCCAACCUACCCGUCCAGUACGGCCUCUACUCCGCCUUCGUCGGCACGUUCCUGUACAUCAUCCUGGGCACGGUGAAGCAGGUGUCGAUCGGGCCGACGAGCCUGAUGGCGCUGCUGACGCUGCACACGUGCCGCGACCUCCCCAUCGAGUACGUCGUGCUGCUCACCUUCCUCUCCGGCGUCAUCGUCUUCACCAUGGGCCUGCUCAGACUCAGUUUCCUGGUGGACCUGAUCUCGCCGACGGUGACGAGCGGGUUCACGUCGGCGACGGCGGUCAUCAUCAUCGUGUCACAGCUCAAGGGGCUGCUGGGGCUGCGCUUCAUCGCCGAGUCGCCGGCCGAGAACGUGUACUACAUCGUGCAGGAGUGGCGCCACAUCCGCCUGCCCGACUCCCUCAUGGCACUUGUCUGCUGCACUACGCUGCUGCUGCUGCGGAAACUGAAAGACAUCCCCGUGAAUCCCAAGCGGUACGCGCUAAAGAAGUUCCUGUGGCUGGUGUCGAUCGCGCGCAACGCGCUGGUGGUGUGCGCCGCAUCCGCCGUCGCCUACUACACCUACGACCCGCAGAACUUGCUCUUUAAACUUUCCGGUCGCGUGGAGCCGGGCCUGCCGGGCCUGGCGCUGCCGCCGCUGAGCGCGGUGGUGGGCAACCGCACCGUCAGCUUCGCCGAGAUGGUGGAGCAGCUGGGCUUCUCGCUGGUGCUCAUGCCCAUCGUCAUGGUGCUCGCCAACAUCGCCAUCGCCAAGGCCUUCUCCAGCAGCGGCCGCGUGGACGCGACGCAGGAGAUGCUGACGCUGGGUCUGUGCAACGUGGUUGGGUCGCUGUUCCGCGCCAUGCCCACUUGCGGCGCCUUCACGCGCUCUGCCGUCUCCGACAGCAGCGGCGUGCGCACCCCUGCCGCGGGCCUCUACUCCGGUUUAAUCAGCCUGAUGGCGCUGAAGUACCUGACCGAGUACUUCUUCUUUAUCCCCAAGGCGUGCUUGUCGUCCGUCCUCGUCUGCGCUGUCAUGUUCAUGGUGGACUGGCGGUUGCCGUGGCGGCUGUGGCGGGCGCGGCGACGGGAGCUAGGCGCGCUGGGCAUCACGUUCGCGGUGGGGCUGGCGGCGAGCGUGGAGGCGGCCGUGCUGUGCGGCGUGCUGGCCGACCUCGCCGCCGUGCUGCGCGACCUGCUGCGACAGCCGCGCCUGCUGCGACUCAACGACAAGUGGCAAGGGCGGCGUGUGGUGCUCGUGCAGCCGCGGCGCGUGCUGGUGUUCGUGAACUCCGAGCAGUUGGCGGCGCGGAUACGCCUUAUAGCUCCGGCCGCGCCCGCCGAAGCCGACCCGGCCGCCGCGCCGCCCAUCGUCCUAUUGGAUUGCUCCGCCUUGGCGCUCAUAGACCAUACCGCGAUUCAGGUGUUGGAGCGUCUCACCGAGGAGUUUAGCGUGGGGUCGAGGCGAUUGAUAGUGUUUAACGCCUCGGGUGAGGUUGCUCGUACGCUGCGCGCUAUACAUGGCCUCAGCGAGGGAGCGCUUCGGGAGGUCGACCCUCGCCGAGCCCUCCAGCUUAACCAACGUGAAAACGAUAAGUCGGAGCGAUCGAGCUUAGACAGCCGCCGUAUAAUUAUCGAACACGUCAGCCCGAAACUACGAAACGAUGCCACCGAGUCUACAUCGAUUGCAGAGAGUUCUGCGCUUUUGCACGCUACGCCUGAGCCCCCAGUUUAAUUCUUAUAAAAAUGUACAAAUAAGUAUUGCAAAUUAUUAUUGUAAGUAAGUAAAUAAAGUUAUUUUAUGUGAU